UUUCGCCAAGAGAAGAUCGCUCGCACGACAGAAGACAGCAGACAAGAGAGUGAGUGAACAACUUCACAUCAAGUGACCAGCCGCCAUGUCGGAGCAAGCGUUGGACCGCAUCCAGCGUCAGCUGCAGGAUGCGCAAGAGAAGGCGAGGCGCGGCGGCGCACCGGUGGAGGCCGCUGCCGCUCCUGUGAAGAAGGAGCUCUCGGAGGCUGUCAAGGCCGGUAUGGCCGCAGGCAACAUCAACAUCAGUGACACAGGCGCCCGCAUGCAGCUGUCUGAGACAAGCCAGAUGGAGCAGAAGCGGCAAGAUGCCAUCCUUGACGAACUCGAGCGAAGAAAGAAGGAGCGGGAGGUGCUGCUUCCUGCGACGGAUGAGGGCGUCAUCCUGAAGCUGAGGGAACUCGGCGAGCCCGUCACGCUGUUUGGAGAGGACCCGGCAGACCGGCGUAUCCGCCUGCGCGAAUUCCUGUCGGCGCACACGGGCGCAGCGGUUACAGAGAAGCCGCUGACACAGGCCGCAGCACGCAAGGCACAGAAGGAGACGGAGGAGGUGUGGUACCACGUUGGCCCCGAGGAGUUGAAGCUGGUACGCAAGUUCGUCGCAGAGUACUCCCUCCCACGGGCACGCAACCGGCUUAAGGAGGCGCGUCUUGAGCUCGCCAAGUCGGAUGCGCAGAAGCAGGCGCGCAAGCAGCACAUGUACUCCACACUCAGGCAAUUCAGCAUCUACGGCAGCCAGAUUGGCGACACGCGUCCCCUCUCCUUCUGCCGCUUCUCCCCAGACAGCAAAAUCCUCGGUGUUGCGUCAUGGACCGGAACCGUCAAGCUCUGGGCCGUGCCUGCAUGCACCGAGAUGAGCACGUAUCGUGCGCAUGCUGAGCGCGUGAGUGCGCUGUCGUGGCAUCCGUCCGCGUGCAUUUCACAGGACCGCUCGUCCGUCAACUUUGCCACGUGCUCCGUCGACGGCGCCGUCAAGCUCUGGGGGCUCGACAGCACAACCCCCGUGUCGAGUCUUCCUGGCCACGCCGCCCGCGUCGCCCGCGCAGAGUUCCACCCGUCUGGCAAACUCCUCAUGACUACAUGCUUCGACCACUCGUGGCGGCUGUGGGACCUGUCGAACGAGGUUGAGGUGCUGCACCAGGAGGGCCACUCCCGACCCGUCUACGACGCCGCCUUCCACCCCGACGGCUCGCUGUGCGGGACGUCGAGCCUGGACCACACAGGCCGUAUCUGGGACCUGCGCACGGGGAAGAACAUUAUGGUCUUGCAGGGCCACACCAAGAACGUGCUUGCGCUGCAGUUUUCGCCCAACGGGUAUCACGUGGCGACAGGCAGCGACGACAACACGGUGCGCAUCUGGGAUCUGCGCAAGCAGCAGUGCGUGUACACGCUGCCGGCGCACACCAACCUGGUGAGUGGACUGCGAUACCACAGCUCGGGCAACUUCUUUGUCACGUCGUCGUAUGAUGAGACGGCCAAGGUGUGGACGGCCCCCGGCUGCGCGCCGCUCAAGGUCCUCCGCGGGCACGAGGGCAAGGUCAUGUCCAUCGACGUCUCAAACGACGCCAAAUACAUUGCCACGUCUUCGUGGGAUCGAACGUUCAAGCUUUGGACACAGGAAUAGCGACACGCACGCACACACACACACACACAUACACACACACGCACACACACAUACACACACAUACACACACACACAUGCAUACACACGCACACACAUCCAUUCCCCGGCCGUGGUAACCCUUCCUCUCAACUUCCCACUCGCUUUUGUUUGUCACGCGUGCACCUGUGCUGCUUGCACAUUCCUCAAGUAUACCAAGGCGUAUGCAGUUUAUUCACAUCA